UCAAGAUUGGAAGCCGAGAGAGAGAGAGAGACAUGGGACGCUGUCAGAGAAGCCAAGUAGUAGUAGCUCUGUAGCAGCAGCUGCAGGAGUGGAGUGGUUUUACAGAUCAACGAAGGCAAAGCGACGCGUCGAGAUCAGCGAGCAGGACGAGACAGUCAGGAGCCUGAGCCGCCGCCGCCCCGCGCGAUCCGGCAGGAGGACAUGAGGAUCCGGAACCGGAAGGGCACGCCGGUCAGGGCCCCCUCGCCGGAACCGUCGCCACCGCCACCGCCGCCGCCGCCGCCGCCGCCGCAGCAGAAGGGGAGAAUCGAGGCCCAGGACGAGGACGGCGAGGAGGAGGAGGAGGAGGAGGGGAGCCUGGUCGUCGGAGCCCGGGAAGAAGACGACCUGGUCCUACUCGCCUCCAAGAACAGCGCGGCGAAGGCUGAGGACGCCGGCGGCGGAGGCAGGUGCAGCCGGAACGACGGGAAGCGGUGGCGCUGCAGGAGCGCGGCCGUGCCGGGGUACGUGUUCUGCGAGCGGCACAUCGCGUGGUCCACACGCAAGCGCAAGCCCAGGCCCAAGAAGAAGAGCCAGUCCAGCAUCUUCGACCCGCCGCCGCCGCCGGCGGCCAAGGAGGAGCCCACGGCGUCGGUGGAGGGCGACGACGACGACGUGGAGGAACAGGAGGCCAAGAACCAGGUUGAUAGCCUCCGGUGCAACAGCGGCGGUGGCGGCGACGACGACUACGAGUUCCACUACUACGGCGGGAUACAGCAGGGCGGCAGGAAGCGAGCAAAGGGCGGCGGCGGCGGGCCGGCGUGAACGGCGCGCGGCGGUGCUCUGCUUCCGGCCGGUGGCUUAACACAUUUGAUUCUUUCUUCGUAUCGAUCGAUCUCGGUUUCAGAGCAGCCAGUGCCAACACACUAGCAGAGCAAGCUCAGCUCACUGUCAGCUAACCACACGGAUAAUUUUCAUAGGCCAACGCCAUGGAACCUUUUAGGUGAAAGAUCUAGGACCAGAUGCACCCGUAGGAAAAGAUGAAUUGAGCUGGAAGUAAACGUUUUUUGGUCAUUAUCUCAAAAUUGCUUUGGCCAUGCAUGCUCCUUUUUUUUUUUCUCUCACGUUCUUG